AUGAAGAAACGAGCACUUACAUGCUUCCAGUCAGGUCCAGUGCAGAAUCCCGGAGAAUAUCCUCAGCCCGAGCUCUGUUCAUUCAGAAGCGAUGGACGCGGUCUGAUCAGCGAAAGCCGGUCCUUUCCUCUCUCACUUCCGGACGGAGAUCCGGCGGGUGAUGAAGAUGAUGGUGAUGGUGAGAUUGACCAAAAUGAGCUCCUAAAACUUGAGCUCCAUGGGACGGCAGGCUUCCAGAGCGGUACCCAUUCCGGGACCCACAGCAGAUCAGGCAGGUCAGGGGGCCAUGACGGAGCAGGGAACUCAGGGGGCCACGGCAGAGCAGGGAAUUCAGGGGGCCAUGGCGGAGCAGGGAACUCAGGGGGCCACGGCAGAGCAGGUAACUCAGGGGGCCAUGGCGGAGCAUGGAACUCAGGGGGCCAUGACGGAGCAGGUAACUCAGGGGGCCAUGACGGAUCGGGUAGACUAGGGAGCCAUGGCGGAGCAUGGAACUCAGGGGGCCAUGGCGGAGCAGGGAAUUCAGGGGGCCAUGACGGAGCAGUGAAUUCAGGGGGCCAUGACGGAUCGGGUAGACUAGGGAGCCAUGACGGAGCAUGGAACUCAGGGGGCCAUGGUGGAGCAGGGAAUUCAGGGGGCCAUGACGGAUCGGGUAGACUAGGGAGUCAUGGUGGAGCAGGGAAUUCAGGGGGCCAUGACGGAUCGGGUAGACUAGGGAGCCAUGGACGGAGCAUGGAACUCAGGGGCCAUGGUGGAGCAGGGAAUUCAGGGGCCAUGGACGGAUCGGGUAGACUAGGGAGUCAUGGUGGAGCAGGGAAUUCAGGGGGCCAUGACGGAUCGGGUAGACUAGGGAGCCAUGACGGAGCAUGGAACUCAGGGGGCCAUGGUGGAGCAGGGAAUUCAGGGGGCCAUAACAGAGCAGGUAGACUAGGGAGUCAUGGUGGAGCAGGGAAUUCAGGGGGCCAUGACGGAUCGGGUAGACUAGGGAGCCAUGACGGAGCAUGGAACUCAGGGGGCCAUGGUGGAGCAGGGAAUUCAGGGGGCCAUGACGGAUCGGGUAGACUAGGGAGUCAUGGUGGAGCAGGGAAUUCAGGGGGCCAUGACGGAUCGGGUAGACUAGGGAGCCAUGGCGGAGCAGGGAACUCAGGGGGCCAUGGCAAAGCAGGGAAUUCAGGGGGCCAUGACGGAGCAGGUAACUCAGGGGGCCAUGACGGAGCAGGGAAUUCAGGGGGCCAUGACGGAGCAGGUAACUCAGGGGGCCAUGACGGAGCAUGGAACUCAGGGGCCAUGGUGGAGCAGGGAAUUCAGGGGGCCAUGACGGAUCGGGUAGACUAG